CACGGGAGACUUUAUAGAUAGAUCUGACACUCGUCACGCUCACAUCAUCACAUCACAAACAUCACGGUCACAGAAAAAAAAAAAAAAAAAGCAAAAGAGAAUCGAAAUCCCCAAAUCUGCGGAGAGAAUGGCGGAAUCUAGAGAUCCUAGCGAGAGGAGGAAAGGAGAAAGAGAUGAUCUCUCUGGUGACUACAACAAAGGUGUGGAGAAAGGUUCUGCUGCUGAUGAUAACAAAGAUCGCAAAGGGAAACGUGGUAUCUCAGGCAUCAAAGGUGUGGAGAAAGGUUCUGCUGCUGAUGAUAACAAAGCGGAGGAGAAAGCUGCUGAUGUUAUCCCUCAACCUGCUUCUCCUGAUUUUACUGGUAUCUCAACCACCGAAGAAGCUCUAUCUGCUCGUUUUGAUUCCGGCAAAGCUACAGCUGAUUCCCAGAAGGAGCCGGUGUCAUUUAACAGGAAGAUUCCUGCUUAUCUGCUGAAGAAUCCCCCGGCUGUAGACGUCAACGCCGGGUUUGAGUCCAGUGGCCGAGUUCAAGAUAGAUCCGCGUGGGCAGUAGAGGCAGUUUCUGGAAGAGUAGAGGAAGUUUCUGGAAGAGGAGAGGCAGUUUCUGGAAGAGGAGAGACCGUUUCUGGGAGAGUCCAAAGGGCGCGAGCCUUCUGGAUUAGAGCGUUCGCAGUUGCUCGUAAGCUUGCCGCUGAGUUUCCUCCUUCAAAGGAGAAGAAGAAGGCCCCUGAGAAAACUAAGCAGCAGAAGAACAAGUACAUUCCAUAUCUUCUUGGCUCCAGGAUGAUGACAUCGAUGGGAUAUGUGCCUGGCUCUGGCCUUGGCAGUCAGGGCCAAGGCAGGCUAGAGCCCCUACUGCCAGUUGUUUUGCCAAAAACCACAGGAUUGGAAGAGGCCAUCUCUGUGAUCAAACGGAGUGAAGAUGAGAAGAAGAAGAGGAAGAAGCAAGACUGAAGACCACACGUAUUCCUUGUACAUAGACUUUUUUGUUGUUUUUUUCAUUCUUUCAUUACUUUUUAGUCUUUGUUUUAGAAGACUUUAUUCUGUACGUUUACAGUUCUUAAAAUGAAAUCAAGAAACACAACAAUGAAUAAUAACACUCUUCGUUUAAUAAUAA